AUGACUGACCGUGAUGCUGCUGCGUACAUGACAUAUGAGCUACUGCGAACACAUGGAGAUCUGGGUACGGCAGAGACACAUAAAGAGAUACUAAAGACACUAAGCUCCGUAGAAAUUAAUAGCCAGACCGCUGCCGUCUUACAGCGUCUCCACGCGACAGAAUUUGCUUUAGUGCGAGGAAAAGAGCACCGAAAGCAGAAGAAUCAAGUGUCUGUGAGACGAAGUCAGUUGCGGAGUAAGUGGAGACGUAAACAGCAUGAGACGUUGCAGAAAGGAGCAACAAUUGAGGACGUCCAGCGCCGUUUUCCCAAGCUUUUUCAAGGGGUAAUGGACGAGCAGAUGAAGUACAAGAAACAAGAUGCAAAAGUCCAUAAAGAUGGCAAUGUGUCGCGGCAAUCCCAAGGAAUUCUCGAUCCACUAAUACUUUCUGGAGUGGAUACUGCCACGAUUACUCCUCCACACGUGUCAGCGAUGGUGGGCAAAAGCAAGAACGACUUCAAUGUCACGGACAACGUGUGGAACAAAUCGACACAGGUCACUGGUUCUUCAAUGCCUAACAAGCCUGUAACUCAGUCCAAGCCAGCUCUAAGUGAUAUGCUACAUCAAAGAUCACGACUGCCUCAUGAAGAUCCAGAGUUGUUCGGUAUUGACACGCCUCUCAAUCCGACACAACAGCGGAAUUUGUUUCAGACUGCUUCUGAACGACUUCAGCAUGAUCGCAUGACAGGAAAAAGUAGAAAUACUGAUGAUGGACAGCCAAGGAGUAGAAAUGGACGACGUGGACAGCCUCGGGGUCCUCCUCGUGGGGUUUAUCACCCUGUCAAUCAAGACCUUCUCCUUGGCGGGAGCGAAGCUACUGACAAUGUCGGAUACAUAUCUGGGCCAACAGCAAUCAGUAAGAAGUUUGUGUCUUCAAUGAACGACCGGAGUGCGAGCAAAUGCAGUAAUAAGCAAGACGAUCGUCACGAUGCGGACAUGGAGAUCGAUCCACGACUUAAGAGCUGUGACUCCGAGCUGAUUGAGAAGAUUGAGAUGGAAAUUGUUGAUAAUGGAGACCCGAUAACGUUCGAUGAUAUUGCUGGACUGCAAUUUGCCAAGAAGUGCGUGAGCGAGCUGGUUAUUUGGCCGAUGCAGCGGCCAGACAUCUUUACUGGUCUUCGUUCUCUCCCAAAAGGCUUGCUGUUAUUUGGACCACCGGGUACAGGCAAAACCUUGAUCGGCAAAGCCAUAGCAAGCCAGUCUGGUGCGACCUUUUUCAAUAUCUCGGCUAGCUCAUUAACGAGUAAAUGGAUCGGCCAAGGGGAGAAGCUUGUUCGAACACUAUUUGCUGUCGCAGCGGUGAAACAGCCCUCCGUUAUCUUUAUUGAUGAGAUCGACUCGCUGUUAACGCAACGAAGCUCGGAAGAGAAUGAAGCAAGCCGACGAAUGAAGACUGAAUUUCUGGUGCAGCUUGACGGUGCUGGCACCAAAGCAAAGGAUAUCAUUCUUGUUGUUGGUGCAACAAAUCGACCACAAGAACUUGAUGAAGCAGCACGUCGGCGAUUCGUGAAACGUUUGUACAUUCCACUUCCUUCGCUUGAGGCUAGACUGGAUUUGAUUAGCAGGUUGCUCAAGGACAACAAGAAUGACCUGACAGACGAGAACCGGGUUUUCAUUGCCGAAUCCACUAAAGGAUACUCUGGUGCAGAUGUCCGAGCACUAUGCACGGAGGCUGCGAUGGGUCCCAUUCGAAAUUGCACCGAUAUUCGCACGAUGGAUGCCAAUUCUGUUCGUCCUAUUAUCUUAGACGACUUUAUUGAGGCAUUGCGAGGGGUCCGUUCCAGCGUCGCGACAAAGGAUCUUGCAUUUUACAAAGAGUGGAAUGAAGAGUUCGGAAGUUUUGCUUUCGAGAGCCACGAAUCUUCUUGA